AUUGGUUCAGGAGGUGGAAAGUAUCAAAGUAGAAGUCUGUUGCAGGUUUGCUGCUGUAUUUAUUCGAAUAUUCAUUUGAACUACACCACAUUUUACGAUCAGCCGUGUUUAUUUAUGCAUCGGAAACACUAAAACCUUCAGGAGGUACCGAAAUAAUUUGUAUUUAGCUGUUGUUUGGACGUGCAUCCAGAGUAUGACUUCCCUAACACAGCGAAGUUCGGGCCUGGUGCAGAGGAGGACCGAGGCCUCUCGUAAUGCAGCCGCCGACAAGGAGAGGGGGUCCGAGGAUGAGGACUACGAGCCACGCCAAGAGGAAGAGGACGAGAAGGGAGACUCCAAAGAAACUCGACUGACGUUGAUGGAAGAAGUGUUGCUGUUGGGAUUGAAAGAUCGAGAGGUAUGUUAGCUAUCUAUCGUCGUUAGCCUGUUGUGCUAGCGAGCGGAGUUAGCUCGCUAGCUUACUAGCUGGUUUGUUUACGUUCUAACCAGCUAACGUUCACGAGUUAGCUAACAUAUUAUGCUCUUCCUACAUUAGCUAACAUUACUAGCUGUUAUGUAAUAUUCAACAUUACAAACUGAAGGUUAUCAGACGUGUCACUUCUAUAUGUUUGUUUUAUUUAUCCAGGAAGUGUCACUAAUCCUGCGAAGCAAUAAGGACUCCUUGCCAUUUUUUCCCAACAGGGCUACACUUCCUUCUGGAAUGACUGCAUUUCGUCUGGUCUUCGAGGGUGUAUGGUCAUCGAACUGGCUUUGAGAGGAAGACUGCAGCUAGAGGCUUGUGGCAUGAGGAGGAAAAGCCUGUUGGCCAGAAAGGUGAGCACUCACAAGUUACAACACUUCUAUUAAAACACACUGAUAAACUUGGUCGCCUGCCAAACAGCCAGACUUCCGUCUUCACCUGACGACGAUGAUAAUAGGGCUGUGCUGAACUUGUCAUACUUGUAUUCGUAAUCAUAUCCGUUUACCACACUUGAUAGGCUACUCGUUGUGCGGUAAAGCGCUAUCGCUCAGAGCACAUCUGAUGUUCCUUCACUCAUUCACACAUCGUUCACGAUCCCGACAUCUGAAAUGCACAUGACUUGCGUUCAUAGUCUUAAUUAUCAACAAAAUAGGUUAAUAAAUAAUGCAUGGCUGGCUGCAGCUACCUGCAUUUAUUUCUUACAAUUUAGUUCGCUCGUCCUAGAAGCCUAGGCUACAUUUCACUUUUGAGAGGAGCAAAACUUCUCCCAACAUGUAUCCUAUGCCACAACAUUUGUACAAUCAAAAUUAACUAUUUACAUUUGUAAUUUAUCUUCUAAUCUGUUGCUCAGAAAACAUGUCUGGGACAAAUAAUAAUAGCAAGCAAGCAUUGGCUUAGCUCACAGCAUAACAACAGAAAUAAGUAUUCUUCAGCAAUGGAAUAGCCUAUGCGGAAAGACGAAGAAGUCCACUAAACAACACCAAGUAGACAGAGAAAAACAACCAUAUGGCGGUAUAAAAUAUAACUCAAUUGAUAGCUAGAACAACAAUGACUAGCUAUGGAUUGUGAUUCACAUAUGAUGUUUGGACUGGAGAGUUGAGUCCUAAGGAGAGUGAGUGAGUUUAAGGGAGCCUCGUGUGUGUCUGGGGAAUUAAGGGGCGGGAGAGCGGCUUCACCAAUGAGUUGACGGAUAAAGUAGUAAACAAUGCCAAAAAACCUCUACGAUAUGGCCUCAGCAAACUAGAUCGAUAGCUAGAAGAACAGCGGCUAGCUAGCUACGGAUUUUGAUUCACAAUGUUUGGAGAGAGUUGUGCCUGACAACGAGUGGGAGCCAUAGCCUGUGUGAGAGACAUGUCUGUCUGGGAAAACAAGAGAGUAGAGAGGCUUUUUCUAAUCUAAUCAUGGCCUAAACCCGCCCGUGUCUCUACUGACAACUGAAUCAGACAGUUGAGGCAAAGUAUUCCGCAUGGUUUGAGUGACAUGAGAAAUUCUGUCUUUUAGCAACUUUCCCUGAUUACAGAUAAUAACAUAACAUAAUCUUAUCAUAAUUGUAUCCGGCAAAUUCCGCAUGUCCAUAAUGAUACUUGUUUUGUCCUAGUAUUCGGCACACCGCUAGAAAAUAACUCUGACCUGCAGUGGGAGGGGUCAGUCCAAAAUGUCAGUUCGGGCAUACCAAUUGGUGGAAUGUCAGAGCUUUGACAGCUAUGAGGUGGAGAGUUUUGGGCGCGUUCCUCUGCCCAGUCGUUGCUGAUGCAUGUCAGAUCAUACAAUGCCUGGAUGGGUAUUUUAACUAUCAGCUAACCACAUCACAUGUUAGAGCAGUCUAGUGCCCGGUGGCACAGUCGAUGACAUGGCACGCAACCAUUGGUUGAUACAUGUGUGUUUAUGCUGACGAGGUUGUCUGACGUGUGUGUUUAACGUAUUGCAAUGUGUGGAGGACUAGCAGUGUAUGCCAACAAUAGCAGGGUAAACCUGUGUGUGUUUUAUCCCAGUGUUUGUGACCUUUUAAAACUGGUUUCUUUUUUGUCAGGUGAUCUGUAAGUCAGACACUCCUACAGGAGACAUGUUGCUGGACGAGGCCCUGAAGCAUAUCAAAGAGACCCAGCCCCCAGAGACAGUUCAGAGCUGGAUAGAGCUGUUGAGCGGUGAGCAGACAUUGAUUACCCCCUCGUCCUUCUCUUAAAUCUCUCUCUGUUUAUUUUACUGGCUUUCUUCUUCAUUCUCAUGUAGAUUUGAUUCAACACAUUUGACAGGUGCCCCCUUCUUUCCCUCUCCCCUUCCCAGUCCUAUUUUAAACCAAAUAUCUUUGUCUUAUAUAUAAUAUAGGCCAUUUACGAUUUUGACUUGAUGUUCAGGUGAGACGUGGAACCCAUUGAAGCUGCACUACCAGCUGAGGAAUGUCCGUGAGCGCCUGGCCAAGAACCUUGUGGAAAAGGGCGUUUUGACCACGGAGAAACAGAACUUCCUCCUCUUCGACAUGACCACACACCCACUGACCAACGACACCAUUAAACAGCGGCUGGUCAAGAAAGUCCAGGAGUCCGUCUUGGACAAGUGGGUAAACGACCCGGGGCGCUUCGACAAGCGUGUGCUGGCCCUGAUCUUCCUGGCCCACUCUUCAGACGUGCUGGAGAACGCCUUCGCCCCGCUGCUGGACGAACAGUAUGACCUGGCCAUGAAGAGGGUACGUCUGCUGCUGGACCUGGAGCCAGAGGCGGAGAGCACCAAGGCCAGCGCCAACGAGCUGCUGUGGGCCGUGGUGGCAGCCUUCACCAAAUGAAGCCCUACCGGAAACAAACGAGAGAUGGAAUUUAAAAAAACACUACAGACCUAUGAGGCUCAGAACUCCCAUGUUCUGAUAUGACGACAACGAUGAUGAUCACGGAGCAUGGCCCUCCCUCUGUAUUGAGACAUGGCAGAUACCCCUGACCUCUGAGUCACUGUCCUGUUCUCUCCUGGCCAGUUGGGUGACAUCCAGUACUCUGUGUGUGUGUGUGUCCCAAAUGGCACCCUAUUCCCUAUAUGGCUCUGGUCAAAAGUAGUGCACUACAUAGGGAAUCGGGUGCCAUUUGGCACGUGGCCUUUCUGUUCACUGU